GUUUUGUGAGGUUUUUGCAGCUUUGUGUUAAAAUGUGUAAAGUUUUAACUACCCUCAGUUUGUCUUGUACUUAAAGUAUUUUAUAAGACUAAAGAAGGUUUUCCUUGAUUUACAUAAUGAUUUCUUUUUAAGUUAAUUGGUAUGAUUUAAAAAAAAAAAGCUUGUUAUAAUGUCUAAAAUACGUGAAUUUGUAAUAAGUACCGCUGAACCUUUUUACAAUGUAUCUGAUUUAAAACUAAAUGAUAAAGCUGAAGAUGCAUUGUAUGAUUUUAUACAUAACUCACAAACAUACCUGCUUCAAACUGGAUUAAACAAAGAUAUCUUGGAUCUAACCACCCAAAUCCAAUGUGACAUACAAAAGUCAAUCAUCUUUUACAAGACUUCACCGGUAGACUUGUCUAAACAAGAAAGCAUAAAUAAUGUCAACAUUAUAACAAUAAGUACUGGAGCAGCGGAAUCUUUAUAUCAGAUUUUGAGACAAAUAUUUAGUCCCUUGUUAAGUCUGGGUGACGAUUUGUAUACGAACAAAUUACAGAAGAACCUUACAGAUUUGGAAAAUAAUUUAAGAAUAUUGACACAUGGCAAAAAUACUGCUAAUAUUAAUGUCAUUUUAACAAUUGAAGAUGAGGUUGACUAUUGGAGAGCUAUGGCGGAGAAGCGCGAGGCCUCAAAGAAGGAAAGAGAGGCCGCCUCAAACUAUCAAGUGCUCUUUGAAGACAUUUGUGAAGAAAUAAAAUCAAUGCAGGCGAGUGCAGUUCACGAGAUGAGGGACAAUGCGGAGAACAUUGGAGGCAUUUUGGACGACAUUUGGAGAUGCACAGUAUCAGCUUACUCUCAAGAUCGCAUGAUACAUAUCUUCGACAUUAUUGGUCACCUAAUUUGCAGAAUAAUUCAAAAAAUAUUUAGUGGUGUUGAUGUAUGGAAGGUUCAUAAUAGUAGCAAAGAUGAUGAAGUUUUGAAACUGAUCAAUGAGAGUCUGAACGUGGUAGAGACUUGGAUUAGCGCUUGUGUGUCUCUCACAGAGACGUAUUGGCCGAACUACGCACUUCAUGCUUGGAGUGGGAAGAACUAUGUACCACAGUUUUGUGUAAACUUUCAGAAGAGAGUGAAAGAGAUAUACGAUCUCCGAUCUAUUCAUAACCAACUAAAUAAACUGUUAACGAACAAAGAGAAAUCCGAUUUGAAAACUGAUGAGUUGUUCGAACCUUUUACAAACAUAAACGUUUGGAUAUGUAACGGUAAAAAUCCUGCUUGGGAGAAUGCGGUGCUUAGAUUCUCAUCGAACUUACGACCUUCGGAAUCGAAAAUUGCUGAAAAAUUGCGACCACGUCUGCACAACACUUCUACUAAACAAAUGUUGUACGAGUUCAUGCGGUACCGGUGUCUAAUGAGCAGGCCGGCAGUGCAGCAGGCGCUGAGCGGCGAGCUGCAGAUGUUGGUGUCGUCGCUGGGCGCGCUGGUGCGGCGCGCGCGCGCCCCGCCGCCCGCCGCGCCCGCCGCGCCCCCCGCCGCCCCGCGCCCGCCGCACAUGUCGCCGCUCGUGCACCACAUACAGUUCGCCAAGCACAUGGAGGCUAAAAUUAAAGAAAUUAAGAUGUGUAUUGAAAACUACUUGAAAGAGUUCCAAGGUAGCGAAGAAGUAUCUCGUCUUGCUGACGAAGUGUUGAUAGAAAUCAAAAAUUCGUAUACGCAGCUACACGAAGAAUGGUCCAGAGAUAUUCAGGCGCAAGUGAAGUCUGGCUCGCUGCAGCUGUGCGCGGAGCGGCCGGUGGUGCAGUUCUGCGGGCAGAGCCGGCUGCUGCAGGUGAACUUCAGCCCGCUUAACUUCUAUAUAGUGGCAUCAUUCCACAACACGUUGGGCGAGCGCAUGAUCCCGUCGACGCGGCCGAUGAUGCUGCAGGCGGCGCUGGAGCUGGCCGCGCUGGUGCAGGACCACCGGCCCGUCUACUGGCAGGACACGGACCAACUCGCCGACUAUACAGACAAACUGAAAAACAUGGUUCUCAAACUGGAGACGCAGAACUCAUACUUGACGAGUCAGCACAUAGCGAUCAGGAACAUUGUGGAGAAGCUGUUUGACACCGAGCUGCUUGUCAAGCAAGCUGACUGGAAGAAGAGCAUCAAACUUAUCAGAGAUAUCAUUGAAAAGGUGGAGAGUGAGGGCUACAAGAACAGCGAGCAGUGGCGGGCGCACUGGGACUGGCAGCUGUGCAAGGCGCUGGAGUGCCAGUACAUCAACACCCUGCUGUCGCUGCACACGCACUUCCCACAAGUCAGGGUCGAUCUCGUCUUACGUGGUCGCAUGGUGGUGUCGCAGCCGGGGCUGGAGGAGCUGCGCGUGCAGCACUACCACCAGCUGCGCCGCCUCGUCUCCCUGCCCAACAACUUUGUCGGACUCAGCACCGCACUCGAUACUAAACAAACCAUAUUUGCUUCUAUCGUUGACAAACACAGCUGGUUGGGCAACAAGGCGGUGUCGCAGCUGGAGGCGGCGCUGGGCGCGCUGCGGGCGCGCUGCGCGGGCUGGGCGCGGCGCCUGGCGCUGGGCUGCGCGCCCGACCUGGCCGCGCUGUGCGCCGCGCUGCGCCUGCCGCACCACUGGGAGACCAACUUCAAAGCCUGCAAGGCCUACGGGCAGGACGUCGCCAAGAUGACUUUCGAGGAUGAGAAGAUAUCAUGGAUAACGGUGUGCACGGCAACGCUGCGGCAAAUAGUAAAGUCAAGGUUGAAAGGGGAAUGGGAGAACCUGAGCAGUUGCGUGGAGGCGUGUGUGUCGCGAUGGGCGCGGGCCAGGGCACGGCUGGAGGGCGGGCAGGUCGCCCAGGGCGGCCAGGGCGCGGACUACGCUGAGAUGCGCGCCCAAUGCCACUCCGUGUUCGAGGCACAACAACAAUGGGAAAAAUACUUGUCUGAGAGAGACGAGUUGCUGAAGGAAUGCCAAAAGUUCAAUAUGGAUGUAACGAUUUCUGAUACAUGGAAAGACGCUGAAAAACUUAUAAAAGAAUCGGUGGAUCAGUGGGAGAUCUUCAAAGAUUAUGACGAAGAAUAUGAAUCUAUUGGCGAACAAGAAUGGUUAGUGUUUCAAAAGAAGUUGCAUCUGUUGGAUGAGUUCUGCAUCAAGUGGUGCGCGCGUUUCGAGCCAUACACCUCCGUUACGCUGUUCCUCAAACAGACACUAGAUAAAUAUACCGAUCUUACGAUAGCACUAAAGUACUUACGAGGGUCUGACUUCACGGAGCAUCACUGGAGGGAAGUGUUCAGUCUGCUAGACAUGCAGUACAAGUCGCCCGAGACACUCAAACUGAAGGAUUUAUUGAAUGUUGCUGAUAACAUCAAAAAACAAAUAAAGGCUCUGCAGAAAAUAAGUUGUUCUGCGUCAAACGAGAGUGCGGUGCGCAGCGCGCUCUCGGAGCUGGAGGUGUGGUUCGCGGGCGCGCGGCUCGCGCUCGCCGCGCACACCGACAAGGCCAACAGACCUGUCACCAUCGUGAAGGACUUCACUGAUAUACUCAAUAAGGUGACCACUUAUAUCUAUUAA